AUGCCUGAUGGGAAGUUAUUGAGUAUUGGAUGUGACAUGGAGAUCGCUCAGGCCCUCGGGUGUGGUGACGCCUUUCUUCCUCUGAACGAUCCAGCCCAUAGCGGUGUAAAUACAGACGAUCCGAAGAUACUCAUCCAGUAUUUCAUCAAGAUAUGUCUCACCCACUUUAAACGCGGUAUCAUGAGCCUCCGGCACAAUCUCUCCAAAGAGGACUACACAUAUGUCUCUAAUCUACCUUCAAUCGAGACAGACGAUGACUUCGAGAGGUAUAAAUUAUUCUGUAUUAAUCAUAGCUCUCAAAAACUCCGUGGUAUGCCUAUUCCAAGUCCCUAUUGGUUCAAGCAUAAGACCGACAACUCGUGGAUUCUCCCUUGCGCUAUGCGGUCCCGGACGAAGAUCGCUCUGAAUGCAUGGGAUAGCACACCCAAUACAACUAACGGCAAUGAAUCACAGCAUGCUUGGACGAAUCAGCAGACGGGGACAGGGAUGUCACUAUUGGAGGCUAUCAUGUCAGCGCAAAAGGUCGACAGCCAGGUUGCUGCUGAGCUUGCAGCGGUUCGUCAACAUGGUGGUGUAUUCAAGAACAAACACAAUGAGUACAGUGAUCGUAUGGGUAAGCGUAUCACACGUAACCAGAACACCGCUCGGAAAGCUAUGGCAGCUGCGGGUGAAUCUCGAGAGGUCGCUGCACUCACAGACCAGUACGAGCAAGCAAAGGCAAGUAGAAGGUUGGAGUCUGAACGUGAGAAGGCGUUGAAGGCAGAGCUCGAUGCGAAGAAGGGGAAGGCCAGCCGUACACGUAUUGGUUCAAAGCAUAAGACCGACAACUCGUGGAUUCUCCCUUGCGCUAUGCGGUCCCGGACGAAGAUCGCUCUGAAUGCAUGGGAUAGCACACCCAAUACAACUAACGGCAAUGAAUCACAGCAUGCUUGGACGAAUCAGCAGACGGGGACAGGGAUGUCACUAUUGGAGGCUAUCAUGUCAGCGCAAAAGGUCGACAGCCAGGUUGCUGCUGAGCUUGCAGCGGUUCGUCAACAUGGUGGUGUAUUCAAGAACAAACACAAUGAGUACAGUGAUCGUAUGGGUAAGCGUAUCACACGUAACCAGAACACCGCUCGGAAAGCUAUGGCAGCUGCGGGUGAAUCUCGAGAGGUCGCUGCACUCACAGACCAGUACGAGCAAGCAAAGGCAAGUAGAAGGUUGGAGUCUGAACGUGAGAAGGCGUUGAAGGCAGAGCUCGAUGCGAAGAAGGGGAAGGCCAGCCGUACACGUGUAAGACGAAUAGAGGUGACGGAAGGAGAGGCCAGCUCAAGUAGCGGGCGUGCCCCGAAGAGUCAGACGUCGCGGGGCAAUGCUCGAGUGCACCCAUAUCUCUCACUUGAAGCUGACGCAACAGCUGUCGUGGCGGCACCGGAAGCCAAUAUGCACGACUCGGACUCGGACAUGAUGAUGAACCAGGAGCUAUAUCUCCCUACCCAAAACGACUACGAUCCCCCCUACGACAACAUGUACGACGAUAUGCUCGUAAACCCGUACGCCACGAUACCCGCCAACCGCGAUCCCGAGAGCAUGUUCGAGGAUGAGACUGCAGAACUCCUCCGCAAUCGGCCAGCUGCCAACAUACCAGCCCCCGCAUAUGAAAACAAUGGGGAGCUGUUUUCCUUUUUGGCAAACAACCCGUUCGCGUACGAGUUGACUCCCGAGGGUGAGUUCAGAUUUACGGGUGGCGAGGGCGAGUUCAGAUUUACGGGUGGCAUUCAGUGA